CUUGAAAUAACGAUAUUCGAUACCUUGCUUGAUUAGCCAUAUCUUUCUACAUACUUAGCAAAGUGAAAGGCCAAAGUUAUCGUUUUUAUACUCGAAGAAUUCCAUAACCAGUGGUUUAUUUUUAUACACUGCUCGGCCAAACUCAUUUAGAACAUAAUGUCGGACAUUCUCAAUACACAAGAUCCGAACCCAUCGUCAAGUGAACCAUUUACUCUGAGGGACUUCGAAUCAAGAAUGCAAAUCGAUGACCUUCCCCAAAAAACGAUACGGAGAAGAAUGACGUCGCCUUCAAGGCACAUGCACCGUCACAGAACCACUAGUUCGCUCUCUGAACUGGAGGGGAAAGAUUUGAAAAGCUUAUUACAUGGUCGCAGCCUGAGCCCAAGCCCUCUCAACGUCGGCGAAGAAAAACCAGGCUCACGAAAAAGUAAUCUAUUUGUACGGCCUUAUUCGCCUUACCGAGAUUUACCUCGAUCAUGCGAUUUAUACGGUGGCAACGAAUUCGAUUUUGUUGACCUCCAAGGUGGUUCUUUCUCGGUCCCGAAAGAUCUGACGGCGCGAAACCCUUUUGCAUUGACCGAUAGCUUGUUGGAUAGUGACAAGUUUGUUGAUAACUCAGUAUCGAUAUCCUGGCGAGAUCUAGUCCAGAAUAGACAUCGCCCUGACUCGACCAAAACGAAGCGAACUCGAAGAGAGCGGCGUUCUACACCCUCCAGUAUGGACAUCGAUUCAAAUGAGGACUCUUCAGGGCAAGACGACAAAGAGUCAUCUAUACGGAGGAACCAUCCCACAACGAGGCGCAUUUUCAGCAGAAGAACAGCACGGCCGGAUACCACCGCCAACAUCUUCACAUCUGAUGCCAAAAAGGAAGACGACGCUGAUUAUUCCAUGCUGUACUACUGAAGGCAAUUUUACUGCAACAAAGAAACACACUUGCCACUGUGUUUAAUACGGAAACUAAUGCUCUUUGUGUUGACCAAUUAAGGAGCUUUUUGCAAAUGGUAUGCCUACCAUCCUCAAUAGAUAGUGCAUAUAUCACAGCACAUUACACAACUUUAUCCCAGAUCGAUUUAAGCAAGCGGUUGUUGAGUCACUAACCAUCCGCGAUGUUGCAUAGUACUAUUAUUUGUGGUCUUGCUUUUGUAAAAUAAACACAUAAACUGUAUAUCAUAAUA